ACUGGAGCAGAGUCUGCUUAUAAACAAUCACCAUGACAACUAGGCAAGAUGAAAUAUGGCGAAUACGAAGUAAUGAUAAAUUUAGUUUAAAUAUUUUGUAAAAUGGCUGCGUUGAAAAACUGCAGUGCUGAUUUAAGAGAAUACUUUCUUAAGCACAGGCUUCCAGAAUUUUUUGAGGCCCUUCUAACAGGACUGGCUGUAGAAUGUCCUCCAGACGCUUGCACUUUUAUUUUGGAUAAACUGAAAAAUCUAAAUAAUGAGAAAGGCAGAUCUGAAGAAGUGCGAUGGGAUUUGUAUAUAAGUGAAGAGAAGAAAACAAAAUAUACAAUCUUGAAGAAAAGUUUUGGAGAAGUUUUAUGGUGUUAUGAGGAUGAGAACUCGCAGCCAACACCGGAGAUGUAUCAACGUGCUUACAGUUUGUAUAAUUUGAAGUUAAAGCUUGUCUGUUUCAAAGCAUGGAACAUUUUUUAUGUCACAAAGAAAGAAACAAGGAUAGAACUAGAAUCGAAAUUGACUUACGCACGCCGCUACUUCAGAUUAAGGACACUCAGAAACUCUUUCAUGAAAUUUUAUAAUUGGUACAGCGAAAUACGAAAGACACGGAUAGAUAUGUCAGCGAAGAUCAAGAGAGUGCUGAAGAUGGCUCUUCUUAGAAUGGUUUUUACUAGUUGGCUUAAAGUUGUUUCUGACUCCAAAAAGACGAGGGAAUAUUUUGAGAGGAUUGAAAGAGGUGAAAUCAUUGAUGCUGGCGAAUAUAGUGAAUUUUUUGAAACAAAGGAUGGCAAGGAUGUAAUAUCAUCUUUACCAAAGCAUGUUGCAUUACGGAUCUUUGUCAAUGUUGAUAUUCAAGAUCUUGGAAGAUGUGCUUCAGUAAGUCGUUCGUGGAAACUCAUCAUUCAAUCGAGUCUUUUAUGGAGUAAAAUAGAUUUCACAAAAAUGAAGAACAGACUGACUAACAAGGUUGUUGCAAGACUUGUGCAUAGAUAUCGUUCAGUUUUGGGUCAUCUAAACCUUCGUGGUUGUUUUAAUCUCACAGUUAAAAGUCUCAUGAUUAUCAGUGUAUCAAAGAACCUGCAGGAUCUUAAUGUUUCAGAAUGUGAAGGAAUCGAUGACGAGGUCAUUAAGAGUAUUGCCGCUGGAUGCUCCUCACUCUUGUAUCUGAAUCUUUCACGAUGUAAUAUAUCUGAUGCUGCAUUACGUUCAUUGGCUAGAAACUGUGUGAACCUACAAUAUCUUAAUGUUUCAUUUUGUCGUGGUUUCACUGAUAAAGGUCUUGGUUACGUAUCCCACGGUAAAGGAGCAAGAAAACUAUCGUAUUUGGAUCUCUCUGGCUGUGAACAGGUGACCGAAUUUGGAUUUAUGUCAUUAUCCCUUGGAUGUUUAUCUUUGUCGACGUUGGUUCUAAAUAACCUUCCUGAACUACGAGAUGAUGAUUUGCAGAUGUUAUGUGAAAAAUGUAAUUCAGUUAAAAUGAUCUCGAUGCUCAAUUCUCCUCUUGUUUCUGACGUUGGUAUUCGUUAUUUCACAUCAUUUCGUCGUCUUGAACGUCUUUAUAUUGAAGGUAAUCACCGCAUUACUGAUACUUCAAUAAAAGCAUUAGCGAAGAGUUGUCCUGAAUUAUUUCAAAUCUACAUCACCGACUGUCCUCGACUCACUGAUCUUUCUCUCAAGGCAUUGUCCAGUUGUAGAGAGAUUGUUGUUCUCAAUGUUGCUGAUUGCGUCAGAAUACAAGAUGCUGGUGUUCGACAAAUAGUUGAAGGUCCAUCUGGAGCAAAACUUCGAGAGAUUAACUUGACAAAUUGUGUUCGAGUUAGUGAUGUUUCUUUGCUUAGAAUUGCUCAAAGAUGUCACAAUUUGACAUAUUGCAGUAUAUGUUAUUGUGAACACGUGACCGAUGCUGGUGUUGAAUUACUCGCUACUCUCCCCUCCCUGGUGUCGUUGGAUGUCUCAGGAUGUAAUAUUCAAGAUCAUGGUGUCUCUUCCUUGGGAAAUAGUUCAAGAUUAAAAGAUAUUACGCUUGCUGAGUGUCAUAGAAUUACUGAUAUAGGAUUACAGAAAAUGUUUCAACAAUGUCGUUACCUGGAGAACUUAGAUUUGUCAUAUUGUGUAAAUAUAACAGAUCAUGCAAUUAAGAAUUUGGCUUUUUGCUGUCGAAUAUUGAGAACGCUGGAUUUAUCUGGCUGCAAAAAGUUAACGGACUCCAGUGUUCAAUACUUGGCUGGUGUUUGUCAUUACAUUACACAUCUUAAUUUAUCAGCUUGUGUUCGUCUAACAGAUCGAUCUUUACGGUUCAUGAGAAAAGGACUUAAACGCUUGAAAUCAUUGAAUAUUCUUUAUUGUUUAAACAUUUCAAAAUCAGGUGUAAAGAAGAUAAUAAAUAAAGGAUAUAAUGUACAUCAUAGUAAUAUUCAUCCUCCCGUAUUUAUGACGACAAUGAUUAAUCCAAAACAGCCAAUCCAACCGUCAAAAUCUUUGACAAUGCGAUGACGCAAUUUGUGAGUAUUUUUUUUAAAUAUAGCGAGUUUUAUUUAUUA